AUUCCCUGGAAAAGACUUGCUGACGUAAAAGUUGUAGAAUAGACUAGUAGGGUGUGCCACUUGGAAAAAAGUUUGUUUGUGUGUUAAAUAAUAAUGGAAUAUUGUCCAUUUACCGCCUGCAUUGAUCCCGAAAAAAGGGAUCAAAAAUUAAAAAGCCUUCGAAUUGACAAACAAUUGAAGAAAGAAAAGAAAUUGGCAAGAAGACGACAGAGAGUUCUACUGUUAGGUACGGCUGAAAGUGGUAAAAGUACAUUUUUGAAACAAAUGAGAAUUAUUCAUGGCGAACAAUUUAAAGAAGACGAAAUGUUACUUUUUAAGUUGACAAUAUAUCAAAAUAUUGUAAAAGGAAUGCUGUUGAUUAUGCGUCAAGCGAAAAUGUUGGUAGACAAUCAAAACCAAUGGACUUGGGAGAAAAAACAAGUGGAAGACUUUGUCGAACAGCAACUUAGAUCGCUGGAUUCUCUUAAUUCCAAAUUUUAUGCCUUAAUUAUGCCGCUAAAGAAGCAGACACAGAUUGAAUCAAGUAAAACUAUCGAAGCACAGGAUCCGGAAUUGAACGAGACCACGGUAUCUAAUAAAGAAAAGUUAUUUUUGCCUCUCGUGUCUCAUUUUAAAUCACUAUGGAGCGAGAAAGUAGCAAAAUUCGUGUUUCGAAACCGUCAUAUUUAUGAAAUAGACGACAGCGUACAAUAUUACAUGGAUAAUAUUGACAGAAUAGGUACACCCGGGUACAGACCUAACAUUCCUGAUAUCGUGCAUUCUAGGAGGAAAACUAUUGGCAUUUUGGAACAUGAAUUACUUGUCAGUCAGAUUCCUUUCGUUUUCAUCGACGUCGGAGGUCAGCGAACAGAACGGGAUAAUUGGCUUAAAUGUUUCGCUGGCAUUACAGCUAUUCUCUUUCUUGCUUCUUCUUCGGAAUUCGAUCAGAGAUUGGGAGAAAACCCAAAGAAAAACAAGAUGAGAGAAUCGCUCGAGAUAUUUCAAACUAUUGUCAACAACAAAAUUCUUAUAAAUGUAGCAAUUAUACUCUUUCUCAACAAAGAGGAUGUUCUAAAGAAGAAGGUAGGAGCUGGAGCAAAUAUUAAUUCCGAAUUUCCUCAAUUUAAAGGAGAUCCAAAUUCGCCUGAACAAGUUCUACAGUUUGAACUCUCUCUAUUUGACGAAAUGCGACGAGAUAGAUCGAAACCCCUUUUCCACCAUUUUACAACUGCUGUAAAUACAGACAAUAUUCGGGUCGUUUUCAAUGCCGUAAAAGACACAAUUUUGCAAGAUAAUCUCAAUGCUUUGAUGCUACAUUAACCAUUUUUGAACAGUAUUGCUCAUCUCAGCUUUUCUCGUUUCUUUUGACAUAUGAUGUAAUAAUGAUAUAAUGUAUCUGGAACACACUACUGUGUGGCGCUUUUGUAUAUUCUUUUUUUAAAAAUAUGCAAAUAUCCUAUGUAUAUUUUAUAUCCAAACGACGAAACGACUUUGUGAAAUAUUAAAAAAAAAACUUCUUUUUUACUGAUAACAACGUAUAAUAUAAUACAUUAACGGAAACCACGACCGGUUGCUCCUCUUCCUGGACCGCCUCGUCCUGGGACACCUCGACCGGCCGUUCCGCGACCACGAGCGGCUUGAGCUCUGAGAAUUCCCGAUUUUCCACGCCCGAUAGUGGACCCUCUGCCCUGAACUUUCUUGAACAUAGGUGCAUUCUUCAACAUGUCGGGAAGUAUCAUAAAUCGGAUUUUAGAUCCUCGAAUGAAGACGUGUUCCAGUUGGGCAACUCGUCCAUCUCUGUAGGUUACCGUUACGUUGGCCAUUUGGCUGUUCAUAUUGUCUUCUGCCUCCACUAACUUUCCACGGUAAACAUCGCCGGUAGCAGUUUCACAAGUAACAAUGUGUCCUUCGGCUUCAUGCAAUAUUUUUAUUGGAACACCAACCGACAUUUUUCAGGAGUAAUAUUUUCUGAAAUAUUUUCCUUCUUAAACAAAACUUCUUAGUUCUAAAUAUAUAGAAGUCGCGCGAUUUAGGUAAAGCAGUCGGUAAAAAUGGCGGAAAUCGGAUCCGGUGCGUUUUAAAGGGCUGCACUGAAUGAAGAAGAAUUACCAUCGCUAUCAGUUUUGCGUACAUUUUAAUUAAUUAAAAGACAUAUAUGAUUUAUGAUUAAUUUAAAAAGUUUAUUUUUCGAAAUACAUUUCGUAAUAUUACCAA